UUCUCGGAGUGAACCCACUUUCACUCGUAAGGCCAGCGCUACUCCGUGUGUUAGCUCUCCUAGCAAACUUUCCCCCUCCUGUUAGCCGGAGAGCGCGUAGGAGAGCCCAUGAGCACUAGUGUACUGCGUAGUAGGCUGGAGUAGAGCUCUAAUACCGCUCUCUAUAAGUGGAGCGAGUACCAAAGAUGUGCAGAAUGAGGACAGGGAUUUCGAGCCCACUGCAGACAUGCUGGUCCAUGACUUCGAUGAUGAGCAGACGAUGGAAGAGGAGGAGAAGCUGCAAGGAGAGACUAACUUCAGCAAUGAGAUAGACGACCUCACUCGAGAAGGAGAAAUGCCCCUUCAUGAACUGUUAAAAAUGUAUGGGUAUGGUGUGGCAGAACCGGCAGAUUCAGAGGAUGAAGGACCUGAAGAACAGGAUGCUUCAGAGAAUGUCCAGAGCAGCAGUGCCCCUGUAAACAUUAAGACAAAGAAGGAGAAAAACGAGAACGGGAGAUCGUCCAGCGAGGCGUCUCCUGGCCAAAGCAGGACACCCAGCACUGCUCAGCUUCUCUGCUCUGAACCAUCCAGCUACUUUGAUGGUGAUGCUGACGAAUCUGAGGAUGAAGAUUAUAUUCCAUCUGAAGAGUGGAAGAAGGAAGUGAAGGUUGGUCCAAUGUACCAGGCUGAGACUCCGAUUGAGCUGUGCAAAUAUAAAGACAAUGAAAAAGUAUACGAGAAUGAGGAUCAGCUUCUAUGGAAUCCAGAGCUGCUGCCAGAAAAUGAAGUGGUUGAAUUCUUAUCUGAAGCUUCCAAGCGGGUCGGAGAGCAGACUGAAGAGAACGCUGUCCCAGAGAUUCCUCCAAUCAAAGACAACGAGGAGGCUCUGUACGAGUUGAUAAAAUGCAAUUAUAAUAAAGAAGAAGCUUUAAAACGGCUGAAGUUUAAUCCCAAGUCUGUAAAAGAACAACUCCAUUUCACUUCAGAUGAGCUGCCAGCCUGGACCGAGGAGGAAAGACGUGAAUUUGAAGAAUGGGAUGGAGUAUAUGAGAACGAUUUUAACUCCAUGCAAGCCGAUAAGCAUUUUAAAUUGUGGAGGAGAAAACCUGAUCUUCACUCUAGUGUCACGGUCUCCACAGAGCAGAUGUUGCCUGAGAUGAAGAACACCGAGGCCAGGCAAGCAGCCACUGCUCCUACAGGAACGUCCAACUGUAGCAGACAGCAAUCAGAUAAUGAACCCAGCAGCACAACUCACAAUGGUGCAGAUUCUCGAUCUGUCAAGCCGACGUCUUCAUGUGGCUCAGAUCGAAGCCCAUCAGACACACAGGUUCCUUCCAGCCCCGAUCCUAAGUGCAGCAGCUCAAACACGGACGCCGUUAGACGCCCGAGGGAGGACGAGGACGACGAGGAGCGAGUGGUGAAGAAGCCGAAGACCGAGAUGGAGUUUCUCACGGCAGCAGCAGUUUAACACGUUCACUGACCACGCAGACGUUCCAGAUGAAUUUUAGCUGCAUUUCAGGGAUUUAUUUGAAGAUGCUCUCGGAUGCUGUUCUAAUCGAAUUCAUACUCCAAAGCAAGAUGCAUUAAGCAACCCAAAGUUUCACGCAAGCUGUCUUUGUAUCGAUUGUUUACUCUGUAGGUACAGGAUUUAAUAUACCAGAGGAGCUUUCAUAUUUAUCAUGCUAAUCUAGACAGAUAGGAAAUUUCUCGUCAGUGAUAUUAGUGGCCAGUGGUGUUACAGAUAUUUCAUACCUGAUUCCUUUUAUUCUUCUUACAUAAUAGUGUUUGUUUGUUUUUUAAUUACAGUCAACAAGCAAAAACGCCAUCACCCAAAACAUGACGCAUUCCACUACAAGAUAUUCGACUCCGUAUUGAUCUUUUUCCACAUGAACAGUUAAUUGGGGAACUUCCUUUUUCAUAUUAUUCCAAAAAAAAAAAGGUCUUUGUAAGAAAAUUUGUGCUUAUUUUUGUAUUUGAUAGCUAUUUAUAUUUUGUAUACGGUUCUGGUAGAGCACAUGCUUCAAGGGGAAAAGUGAGACUGAAUAUUGACUAUUUAUUUCUGUAUCUGUGUAAACACUAUUACACCGUCCUUUCAGCCUUACACUGUUUUCUAAAGUUUAUACACCGAUUUCAUGACGUCCAAAGGAUCUUAAAUUUUUUUUCUUUUUUUUUUUAAUGGUUGUAAGUGGUAUAUUUGACCAUUGUGCUAUGAAAUGAAAGCCUACUAAAUUGUUUUCUAUUUUUUCUCACUUUUCCUUUUUUCUUACAUUUCAUGUGUGGCUAUUUUUAAAAAAUAAAGUUCUAAAUUAUU